UCUUGACUUCCGCUUCCGACGUCAAGGGAAAGGGAGCCGGCCUGGCGUGGUGUCCUUGCGGCCUUUGGCGAAAGGGACGUUGGGGAGACCGCCGCGCUUUCCACAGCAGCCAUGGUGGCCUAUUGGAGGCAGGCAGGGCUCAGCUACAUCCGGUAUUCCCAGAUCUGCGCCAAGGCAGUGAGAGCUGCGCUGAAGCCGCAAUAUAAAGCAGAGGCAGAGAAGGUAGCAGGAGCCAGCGUAAAAAUAGUAAAGCCCAAAAAAGAAUGACGUGCAGGGCAUGAAUUAUAACAGGCAAAACAAAGGCUGUGCAGCUCAUCCUGUCUGUGAAAAGUUCUCUGCAGUUGUGUAAAUCAUCAUGCUAGUAAACAGAAUUUCUUGAAAA